AUGGGUAACCAACACAGCGCCCCUCCCAAGGUGCAGAUGAGCGAUAUCCUCGCGGUGGACGUGCCGAGUUUAGUCUACAAAGAUCAACUCAUCGGCACGACGGGUCGGUUUUUGAAAUCGAUAAUCUGUCGCGUCGACGACACGAAACGCGCGCCGCCGACGAGCGCGUCGGCGCGCGCGCGCGCGCGGGACGAUGGCAUAGCGCUGGUCAAGAUAUAUCUGAAACGGCCGGGCGCGUUCCCGGACUUGCGGGCGCACGAGAGGGCGGUGCACGAGAUUCGCGAGGCGCUGACGACGCCGGCGCCCGAGUACCCGCAUUGCUGGCCGUUCACCAAGGUGCUGGAGACGGAACGCGCGGUGUACUUGAUGCGACAGUUUUGUCACAUGUCGUUGCACGACAGGCUGAGCGCGAGACCGUUUUUGAGCGAUAGGGAACGGGCGUGGUUUGCGUAUCAGUUGUUGCACGCGGCGAGAGACUCGCACGCGAGAGGGGUUGAACACGGGGAUAUCAAGUGCGAAAACGUCUUGGUCACGUCGUGGGGUUGGUGCUUUUUGAGUGAUUACGCGUCUUAUAAACCAGGGGAGAUUCCCGCGGAUAACCCUGCGGAGUUUACAUACUUUUUUGAUAAUGACGGACGACGGAGGUGUUGCAUCGCGCCCGAGCGAUUUUCGAAUGAAAAGACAUCCGUCACGGAUAACAUGCUCGAUGAAAGGCCGGCGAAGUUACUUCCAAGUGCUGAUAUUUUCGCCCUCGGGUGUACGCUCGCGGAGCUGUACAUGGAUGGGAAGGCUUUGUUCGAUUUGUCGGAUGCGUUGGCGUAUCGUCGCGGCGAGCACGAUCCGCUCGAGACGAUCUCGACUGGCGUAAGCGACGAUUUAGCGCGUGGGAUGAUUGCUUCCAUGGUGGCACUGGAUCCGAGUCAGCGAGCAAGCGCAGCGGAUUAUUUGGCAAAGUACGAAGAUACAAACUUGUUUCCUUCUUACUUCAAGCGUUUGCACGCGUUCAGCGUAAAAUUUUUAAACCUUGACGCCAAUUCAAGAAUUUCCGCGGUCGAACAAGAACUGGAUGAUAUUCUUGUCCACAUUCUGCGAUGUGAAGGCGCUCGGGACAUGUUUUCGCACGCAACGACGAAUGAGGAUGUCCUAGCGCUUGCGAUGAAUUCGGCACCGCAUCUCAAAUGCCCGGGCAUGUGCCUUGUCGCCACCCACAUUUGCUCUUCCAUGCGGGGCGCGACGAACAUAAACGCUCGAGUUUUGGCGUUAAAGUUACUAAAAAAGAUAAGUCCGAUGGCGACGGAUCAUUGCAUUCUUCAGCAAAUGUUGCCAUAUUGCGCAUCUAUGUUGCAAGAUAGAGCGGCAUCCGUCCGAGCUGCGGCGUUGCGCGCCAUCGCUGAAAUCUUACGCUUCGUGGAAGAUAUCCCGCAAAGUGAUUUUGGCGUGUUUCCAGAAUAUAUCUGGCCAAUGGUGAGCAACGCCGCUGGAGACCCCGAGCGCUUGGUUCGCGUGACUUUGGCGAGCGUGUUAGCGCAGCUCGCGCGUUUGAGUCUCGCGUUUUUGCAGUAUGCAGCGGCGAAUUCGGGGCAGGGAGGUGAUCCGAUUAGUUUCGACGAUGAAUUAACGGUAGCUAGGACAACAGUGCAGAAUAUUCUGUACAAUUUGAUGGGUGGUAAGACUGGUGACGCCGAUACUGCGACUUGGGAGGAGAUGCUAGCAAAUUCAACGCACUUGGCGCAUUUCUUUGGACGAGAUGACACGAAAGACUUUCUUAUGCCACUCAUGAUUACGUGCCUCAACGCGCAGUCUCCGCAGCUACGAUGUGCGUUCUUCAAGUACAUUGCAGGUGUUGGAAAGUUCAUCGGUCGAGCGUCGUGCGAGCUCGUUUUGGUACCGUGCAUCGAUCGUUGCCUCAUCGACGUACAAGACUCAGUCAUUGCUAAUGCGUUGCGGUGCAUGUCGACGCUCGUGUCGCCCAUGGAUUCCGACCUCGAACGAAGUAAAAUGAUUCAAGUUGGUAAACAAGCGACCAUAAAUGUCGCAAAGACUGCGAGCCAUUUGUUGUGCCAUCCUUCAGCCGUGGUGCGUAACGCGGCGCAAGAGUUUUUUUCUACAGCGGCGAAGAGCUUGGGGCCCGUGGAUGCCUUUACAUUUUUGGUACCGAUCGUGAAGCCUUUUUUGGACAAGUCUGAUCCGAGCCGAUUCAAGCUUCUGAGCUUAACUCCGGAAUUUUUGAACGAACCUGAAGUUCUGGCGAUGUGUCUGUACCCUCCUCCGACGCGAAGUGCGUUUGAAUCUGCGGUGAAUACGGCCACGGGCAUGCGCACGGCGGCAGUGUACGCCGCCGUGAGUGCGCGGAUGGACAGACCGCUGGACGGACAAAGCUUUCAAAAUGUGAAUGAUGAGACGGCAAUCGCGGCGUAUAACGCAGAGGCCGAAUUUCCGAGCAUUAAAGCGAUGUCACCGUACAUCAAAGUGCUCGCGAAUGCUCGCCAAACGCGCUUGAGCGUAGAGAGUACUGGAGGUAACAAUUCGCCUCGCUUCAAGUCGAGCGAACCACCAAGCAUCGUGGAGGAUGUCGAAGCGGAAGAAUUUGUGAACGUGAAUAAUAACGAUGCCUGGACGACGAUUUUCGGACCAAAGAGAUCUCUCAUCUUGCCUCAAGAUGCACAGGCGAUCUUUCUUCGAGAAGAUACAGAAAACGAUGCCUUGCUCGUGGACACCACUAGUUCAUCAGUAGUGGAAACGUUGUCCGCCGCUGUCCGUCGCUUUGACAUUGGAGCGAAUAGAUUCAAACCGAAUGGUCCACCUGACAUGGAAACGAACGUAUCAACGAAUGCAGGCGAUGAUUCAUGGACGCCACGCGGUAUCCUUGUCGCGCAUCUUUUAGAACAUCGAGGAACGGUCACGUCAAUCGCAGUGGACCGCGAGGAAGUUUUCUUCGUGACGGGGAGUGAGGACGGAAGCUGUAAGAUUUGGGAUACACGCAGAAUUGAAAAGGAUGUUUCCUUUCAAUCUCGUUUGACUUAUGCGUCCCAGGGAGGUAGAAUUACAUCCGUCGCGAGCACUUCAAAUUCGCACAUCGUCAGUGGAAGUGACAAUGGCACCGUGCACGCGUGGCGCGUCGAGUACGCGACGAAGGAUGCGGGAAAAUCUCCGCAUGAACGACCAGUACCAGAUAAGUACACGGGUGCGGCAGAGAUUCGGCACGUGAACAAAGAGGAAGGUGCCGUCAACGCUGUUGCAUCACUCAGUGAGCAUAUGGGGUGCUACAUCACUCAGACUGGCGCCGUGUACGGUUGGGAUUAUCGUUCGCCGCGCGACGCCUUUAGGAUGCCGCUCAAUCCAAAGAUUGGCGUGGCUUCGUCGCUCGCGCUCGAUACUAGCGGCGCGGCAUCUUGGCUCGUCAUCGGAACUGCGAGUGGUUCGAUCAAUUUACUCGACAUGCGCUUCCAAACUUGUGUUCAAGAAUGGAAUCAUCCGUCGCGAGGAGCUGGUAUUGAAGCUAUGGCGAUCGCUCCGACGUCACGCAGUUCUCCAGGGGCCGUGACGCGUCCGCUGGUGUGGUGUAGUGCCGGUCACGACGAGGUCGCGUUGUGGGAUAUUGCUGAUGGUGGAUGUCGACGCAUCUUACGCGUUUUACGUGGACAAGGCGCAGCACUCGAUGCAGAGGCACGAGCGCAACCCAUCGCUAUGGAGGCGAAUGGCCGAUUACGGAUGGUGCCGCAAUCGCAGAGCGCGCUCAUUCACUCUUCAACGCUCGUCAACAAGGCGUACGGAAAUUUCAACGAAGACUUGCGCGCAGAUGAGUUGAUGUCUAUGUCUUCGCGACCACCGGGCGUGCGGACGUUGCUCGCGCUCCCUAACGGAGCAAUCAUUUCUGGAAGCACCGACGCGUGCAUCCGCGUCUGGCACCCCGGCGACGCAAACAAAUCGCGUAUCGUCUCCGGCAAAAUUUCCGGCCCUCGACCAAAGUUUGCCGAAAAGUCUGUGAGCGGUGUGGUGAUUCAGCAAGAGUAUCCCGCUCCAGUCCCCGAAAGUUCGCGCAAGAACAUCUCUCAGGGCGCCGCGCACGAGCGUCACGACUGUCAUCGCGACGCCGUCGUCGCGCUCGCCGCGGUAUCAGGCGCUGCCGGCAAAAUGCUCAUCUCUGCCAGCCGAGACAUGAGUGUGAAAGUAUGGAAAUAGUUCAUCGUGCGCAUCAAAGCGAAUCGUAGCAAAAUUG